AUGCCCCGUGGAGUCUUUAGGAACCUGGAAGCAAAAUGCCCCUUGAAUCUGAUCAAGGACCAGCAUGAAGCACUCAGUUACUACCGGCCUGGAAACUUCCUCAUUAGUGGGAUUGUAUCUCCAAAAUAUUUUUUCGGAAAACUUCCAUACAACUUUUCCCAGACCCCCUUAACCAGGGAUAAGGGUUUGUCUGCCAGCAGGUACUGGCGAAUCUUGUCAUUCUUGUUCACCAUCCAGGAGAUCAACAGUAAUCCCAGGAUCUUACCCAACAUCACCCUGGGUUACAACCUCUAUGAGAACCAUUUAGAUGAAAGGAUAACUUCUGAUGCCACGAUAGAUCUGCUUGCAGGUGUGGAAAGCAAUAUUCCGAACUAUAACUGUGGGAAACAGAAUAACCUGCUGGCUGUUCUUGAAGGGGGAAAUUCUGCAAUCUCAAAGCAGAUUUCAUCCAUGUUAAGCAUCUACAAAAUCCCACAGGUCAAUUUUGCCUUCAUGGCUCAGGUUCUUGAAGAUAAAACCCAGUCCCCAUUUGUCCACCAGAUGGUCCCCAAAGAAGAAGCUCAAUAUCAGGGCAUUGUCAAGUUGCUCCUGCAUUUUGGGUGGACGUGGAUCAGCCUCCUUGCUCCGGACAAUGAUGCUGGAGGAAGAUUUGUGAGUGACUUAACGCCUCUGCUGAUUGGCAGCGGGAUUUGCAUUGCCUUGUCCAAAAGAUUUCCAGAAAAGGAUCUAAUUAAAAUUUUCAGCUCAAAUGAACCAUAUGGAACCUGGAGACAAGUCGAUGUAUGUGUUUGCUACAUAACCACUCAAAUGGGCUCAGCUAUAAUUAUUGCAAUUCAAAUAGCACGUGGGAAACAAAUUGGGCCAAAAGUCUGGAUCACAACAGCUUUUCAGGACAUCGACUUGAAUUUGUCUUAUCCUCCUUCUAUCUUCCAGCACUUUCAUGGUUCUUUAUCCUUUGUAAUGAAAACCAAGAUCAGUAGCAGCAGAAGUGCCGACUCCAUACCAGGCUCCCAUCUUCUUCAGCAAUUUUGGGAGGAAGCUUUUCAUUGUUCAUAUUCAAAACAUGUGCUGUCUGUGAGAGGCUGGACAAGGUGUGCAGAGGAGGAGAAACUGCAGGAUCUGCCCCAAGAGGAGCUCCAGAGAGCCCUGUCUCAAGACAGCUACAGCGCUUACCUCAAUAUUCAAGCUGUGGCUCAGGCCUUAAAUGCAGCAUAUUCAUCUAGAUCCAGGUGGAUGUUAAUGGUGAAUGGAGGAGACACAUGUUCCAAUCAAAGGUUAUGGCAAUGGCAGCUUCACCCUUUCUUAAGAGAAAUCCAGUGUUCAAACACUUCCAUGGGCAGACUAUGUUUGGAUGAGAAUGGGGAGCUGCCAGCUGACUUUGAUAUUGAUAACUGGGUGAUGUUCCCUAACGGGUCCUGUGUUAGAGUGAAAAUUGGGAGUCUGGAGAGAGUGACUUCUACUGGCCUAAAGUUCGCCAUUAACCCAGAAGCCAUUGAGUGGCCCAAGCAGUUUAACAAGACUGUGCCUCGCUCCAGGUGUACCGAAAGCUGCCACCCUGGAUAUGCCAAGGUAGUUCAAGAAGGAGAUCCAGUUUGCUGCUACUCUUGUGUUCCAUGUGCGGAAGGGACCAUCUCCACUCAGGAAGAUGCAGACCAUUGCACCAAAUGCCCAGAAGCUCACCAUCCAAACAAGGACCAGGAUCAAUGUAUUCCCAAGAUUAUCACCUUCCUGACCUAUGAAGAAUCUUUGGGGAUCCUUCUGGUUUCUGUUGCCCUUUUAUUGUCAUUAACCACAAGCUUCGUUUUAGGAAUCUUCAUUAAAUACAUGAAAACUCCCAUAGUCAAAGCCAACAACCGGGACCUCUCCUUCAUCCUCCUCAUCUCCCUCUUGCUUUCAUUUUUGUCCUCCUUCCUGUUCAUCGGCCAGCCAGGGAAAGUGACCUGCCUUCUCCAACAAGCAGCCUUUAGCAUUAUAUUCUCAGUUGCUGUUUCCUCUGUGUUGGCAAAAACCAUCACUGUGGUGCUGGCCUUCCUGGCCACAAAGCCAGGGAACACUAUGAGGAGAUGGCUGGGGAAGUGUUUGGCCAACUCCAUUGUCAUUUCCUGUUCCAGUGUCCAAAUUGUCAUCUGUACCAUCUGGCUGGGGAUCUCUCCCCCAUUCCCAGACUCUGACACGUGCUCCCAGCCUAAAGAGAUCAUCCUGCAAUGCAAUGAAGGGUCUGUUGCCAUGUUUUAUGCUGCCCUCGGUUACAUGGGCUUCCUGGCUGCCAUCUGCUUCACGGUGGCUUUCUUGGCCAGGAAGCUGCCUGGGGCCUUCAAUGAAGCCAAGCUGAUCACCUUCAGCAUGCUGGUCUUCUGCAGCGUUUGGGUCUCCUUUGUGCCCACCUACCUGAGCACAAAGGGGAAAUACAUGGUAGCUGUGCAGAUCUUCUCUAUCUUGGCUUCUAGUGCUGGGCUUCUGGGCUGCAUCUUCAUUCCCAAGUGCUACAUUCUUGUGCUGAGGCCUGAUCUGAACACAAAGGAGCAUUUGACUGCAAAAGCUAAAGCUGGCACCUGA